AUGGCAACCGCUGAAGACUUUGAAACCUGGCGUGCUUUGGCUGAGCAACAUGACUUGCGCAGCGGCGCAGAAAAGUGGCGGCAGACUGAACGCGCGGAAAACUAUGACUGGGCGAAUAUCAAGCAACGGACGCAGAUUCUGCAGGAUCUGCGCGCGCGUGACGACGAUGUGGGUCUGCUCUUUGCCUUGAAUGAAGGCAUUCAUGGGAACAUGGGGGGCAUGGGCAAAUCGGAGCUUUACGAGCGCGCCAAGCUGGGCACCAAAAAACUGAUUGAAGACUAUGUGAACACCAUUUCCGACUCCCUGAGACACAUCUCGUCGGUCCCAGAGGAUCAGAUUUCUUUUGAAGAGAAAAUGGACUUUUUUGAUCGCGCCAGCCACUGCUUUGGCCGCGCUGCACUGAUGUUGAGCGGUGCGGGUUCCCUGGGACAUUUUCACACGGGUGUUGUGAAAACCCUGUUCCAGCAGAAACUGCUGCCGGGGGUUAUUUCAGGCUCCAGUGCGGGAUCAGUGGUUGCAGCGGUGCUGGGCUGUCAUAGUGAUAACGAGCUUGAUGAGCUGUUUGCCGGUGACAAUCUGCUCGGCAAUCCACAGCAGUUUGAUGAAACCGCCUGGACCAUGACCCGACGCCAGAUGGACAUCAACGAUGUGAUGGCCAUGCUGGAGAUCACGAUCCCGGACAUGACCUUCCAGGAAGCUUUUGAGAAGACCGGUCGUUGUCUGAACGUGACUAUCGCGCCUGCAGAGCAGCACCAGACGUCGAGGCUGAUGAAUGCGAUUACCUCACCCAACGUGUUCAUUCGUACUGCGGUGCUUGCAUCCUGUGCGGUUCCAGGUGUCUUCCCGCCAGUGAUGCUGAUGGCCAAAAACGUUUAUGGCGAGCCGCAACCCUAUCUGCCGAAUCGACGCUGGGUGGAUGGCGCGGUGACCGACGACCUGCCGGCAAAGCGUCUGGCGCGGCUUUACGGGGUUAACCACUAUAUUGUCAGUCAGGCUAAUCCUCUGGCGCUGGCGAUGAUGAGUGCGGACAAGUAUAUCUAUCUACCCAAAGGAGCCAAAUCAGUAUGGCGGCAUGCAGGCAGGGAAAUGCUGCGCUCCGGUGAAGAGUUUACUCGUCGGUACCUGCGACCCUGGCCUGAAGUCAGUCGCGCCAUGAACAUGUUCUAUUCGGUUGCCGCCCAGGAUUACACUGGGGACAUCAAUAUUGUGCCGUCAUUCAAUUUUGUGAAUCCGCAGAAACUGCUGGGACACCUGACAUCGCAAGAGAUAUCAGAGUUAGUGCUGGAGGGUGAACGUGCAGCCUGGAACCGCCUGGCGCAGAUACGUACCUGCACCAGCAUUGGCCACACCCUUGAUAUGAUCCUUGAUCAUCACGCUGAGCAUGAUGUGCGCAAGUUCUACAAAACACGCCGGCCAAAACCCAAGAGGAUGGACGAUAGUCUCGAUGCAAGAUCGUCGGUGACCUAG